GCAAAACCAAACCGUUUAAAACAAGCCUAGUUUGGAUCCGUUCCAAACAUUUUUUAAGAACCCGACCCAUCGAGCUUGUUUAUUCCAAACGCUUUGCUCCACUCCACUCCCACACAGUCCCACUGCCAAAUCAUUCUCCCCACACGACCAUGGCCAUCUUAUCCUCAUUCCAUGGUUUCCUCCCUUUCUUCCUCUUCUUCGCCCUAGUCAGUUCUCGUAAGCUGAACCUCCACACCGCCGAGCUGGAUGAAUCCCUUACCUAUUUAUGGCCGUUGCCGUCUGAAUUCACCUCCGGCGACGAAACUCUCACCGUCGAUCCCAAUCUCUCCCUCUCACUCGCCGGGAACGGCGGCAGCUCUGGCAUCGUCAGAGAAGCGUUUGAGCGGUACAAGAGCAUUAUAUUCAAGCAUCACUCCUCCAAGCUGUCUAGGUCCGGCGAUUACGAUAUUAACCAGCUCAGUAUUACUGUCCACUCCGACAACGAAGAGCUGCAACUCGGUGUGGAUGAGAGUUACACUUUGAUGGUGGCCAAAAGCAAUGAGCUUUCGGUUGUUCCCGGAAUUUCCAUUGAGGCGAAUUCUGUAUAUGGCGCUGUUCGGGCAUUAGAGACAAUGAGCCAGUUGUGUGCUUUUGAUUAUGUGGCUAAAGCCGUGCAAGUACAGAAGGCACCCUGGUUCAUCAAAGACAGGCCGAGAUUUGUGUAUCGUGGUUUAUUACUUGACACUUCAAGACACUUUUUGCCUAUUGAAACGAUCAAGCAAGUCAUUGAAUCCAUGUCAUAUGCUAAACUUAAUGUCCUUCAUUGGCACAUCAUAGAUGAAGAGUCAUUUCCUCUAGAAGUGCCUACGUAUCCUAAUUUGUGGAAAGGGGCAUACACAAAGAUGGAGCGCUAUACUGUUGAAGAUGCCUCUGACAUUGUCCACUUUGCAAAAAUGAGAGGCAUCAAUAUUAUGGCAGAGGUAGAUGUACCUGGUCAUGCAGAAUCAUGGGGUACAGGAUAUCCUGAUCUUUGGCCUUCACCGACAUGUAGAGAGCCUCUGGAUGUGUCGAAGAACUUUACUUUUGAUGUAGUAUCAGGAAUCAUAGCAGACAUGAAGAAGAUUUUUCCAUUUGAGCUUUUCCACUUAGGUGGCGAUGAGGUCCAUACAGAUUGUUGGAGCUCCACUCCGCAUGUGAAGCAAUGGCUUAAGGAUCGUAACAUGACUGGUAAGGAUGCAUAUCAAUAUUUUGUGCUCAGAGGUCAAGAAAUAGCAAUAUCUCAAAACCGGACACCUGUUAAUUGGGAAGAAACCUUUAACACAUUUGCCUCCAAACUCAACCCACAAACAGUGGUGCAUAACUGGUUGGGACCUGGUGUCUGUCCGAAGGCUGUUGCUAAAAAAUUUAGAUGCAUUUAUAGCAACCAAGGCGUCUGGUAUCUCGACCAUUUAGAUGUUCCCUGGGAUGAGGUUUAUUUUGCAGAUCCAUUGGAAGAUAUAAACGACUCUGAACAGCAAAAACUCGUGCUGGGAGGUGAAGUGUGCAUGUGGGGCGAAAUGGCUGAUGCCUCAAAUGUUCAAGAAACCAUAUGGCCACGAGCUGCAGCAGCUGCAGAGCGUUUGUGGAGCUAUAGGGAGAGACGAUCCUCGUCGCAGAAUGAAACAGCAGUUGCGCUGCAGAGGUUGGAGUAUUUCAGGUGCCUCCUGACAAGGCGGGGUGUUCAAGCCGCCCCCGUUACAAAUUCUUAUGCACGAAGCCCUCCAACAGGUCCAGGGUCAUGUUAUGAGCAGUAGUUGUCUUUUGUUUUAGCUAUGAAAUGAAAUCUAUGCUUCGAUCUUCUUCCCAACCAUAUAUGGAUGUCAUGUGUAUUUGUUCGGAGUGUAAUAAGGAUUUAAAAGAACUCAUUCACAAAAUUUAACAAUCUUUAAAUUAACGUGGUGUGAUUUA